AUGACGACCCACAACACCAACGAGGCCUGCUGCUCCAUCCCUCCUGUCCAGUCGGACUACUCUCCCAAGGGUGAGACUCUGAAGCUGGGCGGUCUGGACACGUACGUUGCCGGCCCCAAGGAUGCCAGCAAGGCGAUCGUUGUCGUCUACGACAUCUUCGGUCUCUGGCCCACCACCAAGCAGGGCGUUGACGUCCUCGCCGAAGCCACCAAGGCCCGCGUAGUCCUGCCCGACUUCUUCCGCGGCAAGCCCUUCCCGCAGGAGUACUACCCGCCCAACACGGACGAGAAGAAGCAGGCCCUUCAGGACUUCUUCGGCGCCGCUGGCGACUUCCAAGCGCGCAAGCCCGACCUGGACGCUGUCGUUGCCGACCUGCAGAAGGACGGUGCCUCGAAGCUCGGUCUGAUGGGCUUCUGCUGGGGCGGCAAGUUUUCCGUGCUCAACGGCGGUGCCGGCACCAAGUUCAGCUCGGUCGCCCAGGUGCACCCUGCCAUGGUGGACGCCAAGGAUGCGCAGGGCCUCACCGUGCCCGUGGCCAACUUCCCUUCGAAGGAUGAGGAUAUCAAGGCCGUCGAGGCGUUCGAACAGGAGGUCCAGAAGAAGGACUUUGCCAGCAAGUGCGUCUACAAGCUCUAUCCCGACUCGCACCACGGCUGGGCCGCUGCUAGGGCCGAUCUCAAGGACGAGGGCAACAAGAAGAACUUCCAGGACGUCUACCAGCGUCUCGCCGACUUUUUCAACAAGACCCUCGCCUAA